UCUACAGCUAGAAUCGCAGUACCAGGACAACAGAGAACAAAUACAUCUAUGCACAGGGUGCUCAUUUCUGAUGUGACUACCAAAAGAUUUGAACAGUUGCUCUUGGGUAUAUGUGUUAAAAUGCGGUCGGAUCCACAGGUGACAAGUCAAUAGAGGGAUAGUAUUAAAUCCUUAAUACGUAUCGAGUUGCGUGUGAAAUGUAAUUUCCUAAUACGAAUUUUAUAGUGAGAAGUGUCGAAACUAAAGGACUGAUGCUACUCUUGCGUGUGUUCGCGACACGGACACGUACCUUUUUUCCAUUUUUAUAAUUAGAAAGAACGGUACCUAAAUUAAAGAGAAACCUAAAGAACAGUGAAACAUUUAUAUUCUGUUUCCUCUUCUAAAAUAAGUGACAGCGUUCUUUCCUUUGCGCAUUUUAAUCGAGAACAACUUUCAUUAAAAGCAUUUUGUUGUAGGCCUUUCACUGAAAGAUGAAUGUUGACAUGCCUUCAUGGAAAUAAACGCUAGGUCGACAGUUGACUGGUUGCAAUUUGUUGUACAUAAGGAUGACCUAACAGUUGUUGGCGAUGUUUGUAUAUUUAAUUUCGUGGACAGUGAAAAAAACCAAUUGCCAAAUAUUCCGCAUAAAAUAGCGUCACAGCUAAUUUUUCUUUCCGUUUCAACGCUCUAGAAAAAUAAUGAAACCAGAAGCUUGGAGGGAAGUUGCCUGCAGAUCACGGCAGCAAGCUGAAUUGUACUUUCAGAAGCAGAAUUUUGGAAGAGCAUUUGCUCAUUUCCUUGUUGCAUUGAAACUCAAUCCUCAGUGGAAACCCGAACUCAAAGAGCAGUUUUCAUUAUGUUUAUGCUCAUGGGGCAAUAUUCUUGAAUCACAAAACCGAUACACAGAUUUAUUCAACUGUUAUGAACAGGCAUUGGAGAUAUUUGGGGACAAUGACGCUGUUUUAAAUAAUCUUGGUGCUCAUUUAUACAGGUCAAAUCAUCUGAAAGAGGCAUUGCACUACUUCAAAAAAGCAGUUGAUGUGAAUGCAGAUAAUCUGCAAGCCCUCCGUAAUUUACAAAGUGUGAAGAAUCUGUUGGUGGAAAGAUGGCACUUUCGUAUGCUAAAUGACUCUUCACGAAACAAAGCAUACAGAGAUGCAAUCAUUAAAAAAGUCAGUCAGGGCUUUAAUUCUGUUUUGGACAUUGGUACAGGCACAGGCAUUUUGAGCUUAUUUGCUGUUGAAGGCGGGGCAAAAGAAGUCUUUUCAUGUGAUGUCUCGGAGACAAUGAUCAACAUAGCAGAAAAAGUCAUUUCAGCCAACAAUGCAAGUGGCAAAAUCCGUCUGAUAAACAAACUGUCAAGUGAUAUAAGGAUACCCGAAGAUAUUCCAAACAGGGUCUCUUUGGUGGUGACUGAGAUUGUAGAUGCUGGCUUGGUGGGAGAAGGAAUACUGCAAACACUUUCACAUGCAUCAUCAUCACUCAUGGCCCCAGGGGCGCAAGUGAUACCCUGUGGUGCAUUCUUAAGGGUCGUGGCCAUCUCCAGCCACUACAUUGCAUCCUGUUACCGUGCUUCCAUGAGCUCAAUGGAGCCUAUGCUGAUUGCUGAAGUUGAUGGGCCCUAUGACAGUGAUGACAUAAUGCAUGUACCCAGAGGAACCAGGGUACUGACGGAGGUGGCAUCGGCCUUGGACAUUGACUUCAUGAACCGAGAACAAUUAAGAAAAUUAACACAGUGUGACAGUGUGUUUUCAUGUACUGCAAAGUGUGUGGCUGAGGGAAAUAUUGAUGCUGCUGCUGUUUGGUUUGAACUUCAUUUGGAUGAUGACAUUGUAUUGUCAUCAGCUCCAGGCAGUAAUAGCUGCUGGGAACAGGCAAUAUUCCCUGUCAAGAGACCUUUGCACAUUUCCCCCAACCAAAUGAUAAACUUUGAGGUCAAGCUUUCCGGAAGAAAACUGUGUGUUGACAUCAGCGUAACUGAUGAAAUUGAGGUCAUACAAUCAAACAAUACUCAGGAAUUGGAGCACAAUCUAUCAGUGCAACAAGACGAUCUGCAGGCAUCAACUUCUGAAAUUCAUGAAAUGUUAAAUGCAGUGCAGUUACAGCAUGAUGGGAACAUACAUGUUUCACAAGAGCUUGUGAAGAGCCUUAAUGAUUCUCACUGGAUAAGUGCAGUGAGAAAUGUGUGCAAGAUGACUGAAGUGGUUUGCAGCCAAAAAGUACUAGAUAUGUCACAUUUUCCUAUGGUGGGUCUGAGUUUACUUGAAGAACAAAAAGAUAAUCCAUCUAACAAAGACAGCAGUCUGGUUUGUAUAACACGAAUACCUGGUGAUGAAUUAGCAAUUAGGACAUGGGCAAAAAUUCAUGGAAUAAACAAUUCUCUCAUAAAAUGCAUACGUGACCAUGAGAUCAGUGAUUUAGAGUCAAGUGGACAAACAUUUGAUCUCAUUAUGACUCAACCCUUUGAAACAACUGGUGAGCUGAGAGAGAAAACAUUUAAUUCACUGAGCACAAUCAGGAAACUUUUAAAGAAAGAAGGCAUUCUGUUGCCUAAGUCUAUUUCUGUAGACUGCAAGUUAGUGCAGUCUGAUUGGAUUAAAAAGGUAUCAGGAGUACGUGAUAUCAGUUGCACAUGUGGGUAUGAUAUCGCUGAUUUCAUCAAUGAGUACCAGGUAUCUCAACAUCUUGACUUCAAUCUGGACACAACUGAAAUGCAGGAUUUAAGUGAAACAGCCACAGUGUUGGAGAUGACUCUCAUUGACAAUCUGGAUGUCCUUAUUACCAAGGAUGUAACUGUUCCAGUUGUUGCAUCAGGCUGUGUAAAUGCUAUACCAUACUGGUUCAGAAUACAGUUUCUCCCAGGUGGACCAGAAUUUUCAACACUACAUAUAGGUUCUUUUGUGAAGCAAGCUGCUGUUUUGGUAGAACCGGAUUUGUGUGUAGUAAAGAACCAGAAGAUCCAUUUGACAGUGAAACAGUUUCAGAGCAUAUUACAUAUAGAGCUUGAAGAACAGUGAUAUGAAAAUAAAUAUCUUUAAUUUUUUGUAAAUUA